GAUAAACAAAACAAAUGCAAGAGGAAGGCAGCGUGGACUCCAUUGAAAUGGCUUUAUUAUUGCUCAGAUAGGAUUAAACACGAAGCGAAACACGACACAAAACUUUCACAUGGGGUUUCUAACGACACCAGGGAUCAGAAGAGAAGAAGGCGAGACUUACAUGAGUCACUGAGUUUUCCACAAUAAAGAAGACUUUGUUGCUUAACCCAUCUAUUUUUCUACUGGUGGUUGAUAUCAUCCAAAGACGACUGGGACACGAGGUGGAAGAAUAAUUCACCAUAAGGAACAGAGAUCGGUGCUCGGCGAUGCCUCAGCCCAGCAUCAGUGGAAUGGAUCUUCCCUUUGGGGAUUUCUUUCAAAAUUAUACUUUUGCUGACCAGGCACUAACCAGCACGGACCUGUUGGCGAGUAACACAGACCCAGACUUCAUGUACGAACUGGAUAGAGAUAUGACGAAUCGCCAAAGCCCUAAAGGUGAUCACUUCACAGUGGGGGAUUACAAGGAGAUGGAGUGUGGGGAGUACCUCUUGGAACUGGUGGACAGUGACCCGGACUACAGCUCUAACUUUGAGCAGUGGGAUACGUACUGGGAGGACAUGACCAAGUACACCCGCUUUACCAGCUGUGACAUCUGGGGCACCAAGGAGGCAGGCCUGGAUGACUUCUCCAGCCCCUACCAGGACGAGGAGGUGAUUGGCCAGACCCCCACCUUGGCCCAGCUCAACAGCGAGGACUCGCAACCACCUGUGUGUGACACGCUUUACCACCCUGAUCUGCUGAUGGGGGGCCAGAAGCAGCACACCUCCCUCCCCCCACUCUCCCUGGGCAAGAAGAUGGCCGCCAGCCCGGGCCCCUCGUUCUCCGCCUCCUGCUCCAACCUGGUCAGGGACCCCCUGGGUGACUUUGCAGAGGGUUCCCUGAGCGCCACUUGGCCUGUCCCCUCCACCACAGAGACUAUGUCCAAGGCCCAGGGUCCCAGCAAGAUGGCUGCUCUGGGCCACCACUGCAACGACUAUGUGCGCAAGGCCACGGUUCGCGUCAGCAUGCCUCGCCGGCCCCUAGUCGACAUGCCCAUGGCCUCCCAUCAGAUUGAGUCUGAAGACCACUCCCCGUACCCCAGCAAGCCCCCUGAGGUGGCCACCACAUCUGGCUGUGCUGCCCCUGUGGCUGCUACUGCAGCCUCUGCCUCUGCCAGCAUCCUGGCCUAUGAGAAGAGAGAAGAGCUGCCUUGCCGGGAGAUGCCCCCCGCCUCAGUGGGCACAUCUGGAGCUGUGCCCCCCAUCCUCCACUACCCUGUGGCUGGGGCCAAGGCCAGCGAGACUCUGCUGACUGCCAGUGGGAGUGCCCUGGGACCUGACCCAGUCUCUGACAAGAAGAAGGAAGAGGAGCACAACUACUCCCUGUUCCUAACCCGAGCCAGGCUGGCUGGGAAAACCCUCACUGAGAUGGAGGAGGAGGAGGAAGAAGAAGAAGAGGUGGGGGAGAUGGAGGAUGAAGAAGAUGCUGAGGGGGUGGAGCUGGAUGAAGAUCAUGAUGAGGGUUUCGGCAGCGAGCAUGAGCUCUCUGAGAACGAUGAUGAUGAUGAUGAUGAGGAUGAUGAUGAUGAGGAGGAUGAUGAUUAUGAGGGCGAUAAAGAUGACGACAUGAGUGACACCUUCUCCGAGCCAGGUAGCCAUGUAUCAGGAUGUGACAAUGACACAGUGGGGGACGUGAAGGGGCUGACAGCAGGGAUCUCCAGGAAGAGGGGCAAACGCCGCUACUUCUGGGAGUACAGCGAGCAGCUCACCCCCUCCAAGCAGGAGCGCAUGCUCAAGCCCUCUGAGUGGGACAGACAGACCCUGCCCAGCAACCUCUACCAGAGGAACGGCCCACACCACGGGAAGUACAAUCUGAAGAAGUCUCGACGGACGGACGUGGAGGACCUAACCCCUAACCCUCGGAAGCUGCUGCAGAUCGGUAACGAGUUGCGUAAGCUCAACAAGGUGAUCAGCGACCUGACCCCGGUCAGCGAGCUGCCCAUCACAGCCCGCCCUCGCUCCCGCAAGGAGAAGAACAAACUGGCCUCCAGGGCCUGUCGGCUGAAGAAGAAGGCUCAGUAUGAGGCCAAUAAAGUCAAGCUGUGGGGUCUGGGCACAGAAUAUGAUCGGCUUCUGUUUGUCAUCAACACCAUAAAGGAAGAGAUGGUGAACAGAGUGCAGGAUAUCUGCGACAAGGGAACAAGCAUGACUGAAACGUUGGACAAACUCAUCGAAGAAACCCUUGUGAAGUCCCCAGUUGCCGGGGAGACUUCUGACUUUGUGAACCAGAUCCUGGAGAACACAGGCAAGGGGGAUCCCACCGGAGGUCUGGUCGGGCUGCGCGUACCCACAUCUAGAGUGUAGACAGGCCCUGUAGAGAGGCCUGGUGAUGGCACACUCCAAGCCAUCCCGCACCAUUCUUGUCCCACACUGUAACGGCACACCCUCUGCAUGCCCAUUCCAUCCGCAAACGCAUUCCCAAUGCUGAGUGGGAAGACAUACAUAUACCAUAGCUUCAAAUGUAUGUAUUCACACAAUGCGCAUGUACAGAAAUGAAACUAGUAGCUAUCUCUGCACUUAGUAGUCUGUUACUUGCCAUUUGUUGUAAGUGGCUAGUGAUCUUCACGAGCCACAGUGUUGCGAAUUCAAAGCCAAUAUAUGAAACGAUACCUCCUGAAAUGUUUUAUGUUGAGAAGUGAAGCAAAACAGAAUGAUCAUCAGUUCUUGCUGUAGCCAUUUCCUGUAGCGUUCAAACGACCCGUUUCAUGUCUGCGUACCAGAGUGGGAACGCCAACACAGGAUGCAGUUCUAUUUAGAGUGAGCCGACAGGAGAUAUUCAAUAUAAAUAUUCUCCUGUCAAUCUCAUGUCCUUUAAUCAGCUGCCUUGUUAUUAUGUCACCUUACUGAACUGUGUUCCCAGUGAAGAACAGCCACUGGGUAUUCCAUAGUGUAUACUGUUAGGAACACCUAAUACCUAUUGAUGCCAGUUGUCUGCUUUCCCAUUCUUGUACCACGGUAUUUACAUAGGAGGAAAAAAUGUAACCCUAUACAUGUCAACCUGCAAACCACAUCAGGCAACAAAAACACAGAAGCACCUGAAAUACUACGAAUAUUAAGAAAAGAAAUAGUAUAUUUUGACGGAAUGAUUCUAAAAAAUAGUAAAUGUUUGGUGGUUACACAUUUAGGACAUGAAUGCAGUGAGGAAGGUUCGUUUGCGAUUUAGCCUGAUUGUUCUGUUCCAAUGUCCUGUGUUUUUGCAGUUGAGAAGAUCUUUCAAAUGGACUUGAGCAGAAGGCCACUAUAUUCAUGGCUAAGAUCCUAAGUCGUCUGACUAUGAGCUAGAUGAUGUGAUUACAACAAUCAAUUUUCUCUUUCUAUAUACACUUUGUUUGAAGUGUCUUCAAAUGAAAAUGCCAUUGUCUUCUUGCGAAGUAGGGAUGAGAGUGCUAAAAGUUCAAAAUUCCUUAGUUUGGGGUGUUCAUAUUUGUAUUUGAUAAGAGUACUAUUCAUUGUGCCUUGUAUUUAAAGUGAGAUGAUUACAAAAACUCCCAGAGGUUGAAGGAUAGUGGACCAUUUUACAAUGAGGGAGAGCAGAACAUGGUGCAGGGAACGUCAAGGUGUGGGUUUGUAAUGUAUUUCUGCUCUUUAAAAAUAUUCUGAAUGUACAUAUGAACAUGGAACAUGUAGAUAUAUGCCACAGAGUCUGUGCAUUGUAUUAUAAGAUGGCUCUGACAAACAUUUACUUUGGUUAUCGGUACUUGGGAGGAAUGGGAGGGGUUUAAAAAAAAAUAUUCGUAUAGAAUUUCAAAAUAUUUGCACACUAUAUAUUUUGAUUCGUUUUUUUUGUACCAAAGACACAUGCAACAAAAACGGUGACUAGCCCGAUAAAGUAAGGUUUUGCACAGCUUACCUGACACCGUAUUGAAUGUAGGAAAUGUGGUAGGGUCAGGGAUUUUCAUUGAACUGUGAAAUUCGCUUGGGUCCAAUUUAUGUCCUGAAAGAAGCAUUCAUUAACAUUUUCUAAAAGGCUCUUGCUCUGUCAGUUGGCUUCUCAAGUAGAUUACUUGGAACCAUUUUGAUAGAUUCCUGAAGUUACUACUCCCACCUCUUUUUAUUGUGCUUUGGCACAAAGUAGAAAAGGGAUGGAGCGCAAUUUGGAUAAUGUUUUUUUUAUUUUGCCUGUCAAAACGUCAAUCACAAAUAACCAAAAGGUAUAUAACUUGUAUCAUAUAUGUAGGUGAGAUGGAUACACAUACAUCAUUGACAUUACGUGAUUUAUGUUGUGUAUUUAUAGUACUGUCCAUUCAUGCAUACAGUACACGUAUAUCUAUCUAUUAUGGAUUGCCACUUUUUCAAAUUGAUACGUUUAAUACGCAUGACACAUUUCUAAGGUCUAUCCUCACAUUCAGAGAAACUUUGGAGAGGAGGGGACAAAGAAAGAAAAAAAAUAUUUUUGUAAUAUUUGCCUUGACCUUUUUCUGUUGGUGUGCAGGUAUUUCAUUUGAGAGAGAGAUAUACAUUUCUGGAGUGUGACUCUGCAUAAGAUAAGGAAGGGUUCCUCUGUUUUUUGUGAAGACGGUAUAGUUUUUUAGGCGUUCUGAAAGUAAGUGGUUGAAUAUCAUGGACAUCGUUCUGGUUUCUUUGUGCCCUCAGCCUCGGUUCUUGACACACAGCUGCUCCGUUGCACUGUCACGGGGAAGAUUGGUAGAAAAUGUAUGGAUGAUGAUUCUCAAUUGAGUACUUGCAAUUGUAGUCUUAACCUGUUAAAAUCUCAGCCCAGACAAAAUGAGACGAGCAGCUUUUAGAGAGAGAAUGCUUUUAGCUCAAGCGUCUCUCUUUGCUGCUGCAACUUGUCGAUCUUCUCAAUUUGAAAGACUAGGUUUUCUAAUUCCAAGAGAAUAUGGUGAUUUUUAAGGCUAAAUUUAAUCAAACUGGCACAGCUGCAAACCCUCCCUGAGGAACAGUACCAUUGUCCCUAUGCUGGGAAAAAAGGCAUGUUCUAAUUGAAAAUGUUUUAUUUUAUCCAGUGAGCAUCUUAUUUUAGUUCUUACAUUAUCUGAACAUGCCUUUCGUUUGCUGUAGAGGGACAAUGUUAUUGUUCUGCAAAGCAGGUCUCCCACACUGCACGCCAUAGACUGAUUAACUCAUGAUUUGAAUUAAAAGGGGGGAAAAUAGAAUGAUACUUUAUGUUUAUAAUAAAAUAUCUUAUUCUACUUUGUUAGUGUAGUCAAGAUUCUCUAUAUACCAUCCAUGGUUUGUUUUUGUAGUGUUUCAUUUUGUAAAUAGAUUAAGCUGAAAUGUAUCUUCGAAAUAUUAUAUUUGUAUAGUAUAUUAUAUAUUACGUGUAUGGAAAGAGAAAGCACUUUGUUAAAAGAAAAAAAGGAAAAUACAAACAAAAAGUAAAUAUUUUUUUCCUUCCAUUUGCUGCUAAACCGACCUUGUUUGAAUGCUGCAGUGAGUGCUUGACUUCUGUAACCUGAUCAGGACAGUGUGUUGGGGAGGUCUUAAGAGGGCAAUCAACAUUUUGGUUAUAAGGCCCCUAUGUUUUGAAUGACUCUGAGUCUAACGUCAUGAAUUAAUUUGCCUUCAGUAGAGAUUUCCUAUGGAAAAACAAAUUCUGCUUUGGGUUUUUCUUCAGGUUGAUGUACAGUGUAGACGCAUUUCUUCUGGGCAUUUGCCAGAGUUAUAUUGUUAUAAUUUUCUUUUGUAAUUUGUACUUGUAACUUGAGGGGGAGACUGAGGUACUCACAAAGGCCCAUGUCCUUUUGUGAGUGCCUCAGAAGGAAAACUAUCAAUGUACUGUAUGGCAAGUAAUUUGUGGUGGAGAUGUAAUCCGGAUACUUUUUGCCUUUUCAAACACCCAUCCAUUCACGUAAGAUGGCCAAUAGUUGGUUCAAUUGCACAGCAGUGUUGCUGUGGAAACCGAUCUCAGCCAAUAUUGUACAGUCUACAACCAAGAUCUCCAACCUGGUGAUAUGCUCAAAUCAACGAUGGCCUCUCCAUUGGGAUCAUUGAUGGCAAGUGAGGUUGAGCGAGGGGAAUUUAUGUUAUGUAAGAUGCUAGUAAAACAUCUAUCUAGAAAGAGUGCUGUGAGUAGCUGAUUCCAGCAUCAGGGGUGUUUCCACGCAUGUUUUCACAUUUAACAUGAUGGGCGCAAGCUGUGCAACUUUACAUUCUAGCCAGGAGACUCUGUGGCAUUUUAACAGUCAAGGAAGGGGUUGUCAUUCAAAGCCAGUAAAUAUUCCUUCUGCUCUAUUGACAUCACACAUAUAUAAACAGAUAUUAAGCUAAUAGAUAGUGUAAUUAUGUGCUACUCUCGUCUGAUAAUUGAAUCCAUUAUGGUCUUUUCUGCAGCGAAUCAGGGUAACGACCAUUCUUCUAUCAGAAAUAUAUGUAACGAAAUAUUAAAUCAAAGGAAAAUAUAUUUAUGUAAUCAAAAUGUUGCGAUUUAUUUCUGCAGUUCAAUAAUAUUGUGUGCGUCAAUGUAAAACAAAAUGGUGCGAUGGAUAAGAAUAGUCAAUGGCCAAUGGACUUGUAAGUAGAAAUAUUUUUCCUAGAUUUGCUUUUCUUUAUACUCUUAACACGUUUAAACAUACAAAAAUGUAUUUUUCAAAAGGGAAAUAAUUUUGCUUUAUAGUUUUGAUCCAACCUGGGUUUUACCAUGCUGCUGGUCAUCUAUGGUUGGUCAUUCCGAAAUGUUUAAUGUAUGAAAAAAAUGUAUCGUUUAUGAUACAUUACAUAGACCUUUUUAUUUUCUAACAAAUGAUCCCAUUUGAGUCAACCUUCUGCUAAGUCUAUAGAUGUCUAAUGGCAGCAUUACCCAACAGUUAGAUCACAAUGCGAAUGUGACCAUCCUCAAUUUGUUCCAAAUGGCUACAGUAGACUAGAGAGGAGGUGGCAAGCGUGUCUUGUCCCCUUUGUUUUUUUUCUUCAAUUCCUGAUAUGAUUUUGGCUUGCUUUUGUAUGUAGUGGUUUGUAGUGUGUGAUGACAAUGUUCUUAAAUGGUGCACUAUGCAGGUCUUACUCGUGUCAGUAAGACAGUGUUUCUUUCGUUUUCAGCUGUGUCUGAGCAGAGCAUUUUAUUUGACGUUCUACAAAGAUAUUUACUCUUUCUCCAUAACCCUAUGGAGUUGUUCCUAGUGGUAAAAGGCAGGUGGGGAUUGAGUGGAGGUAUUUCCUCUGAAAUGGAGGAGCCAUGCGUGUGUAACGGAGAAAGGCCUGUCUUGUCGAACACUGGUAAAUUGACAUGUUCUUCUUUCCAUCUUAUCUAACCAGUGGAAUGCUUUUGUGUUUUUGUUUUAAACUGUCAUUUUAAAGGACCCUGUAAAAUGCAUUCUGUCAUUACAUAUACCUUUUCCCCUACACCCACAGUGUCUAUAGAAAUUCAACACUUUUAUAGCAAAUUGUCAUGGGUUGUAUUUUAACUUUUCUUCAGUGCUUAAGUAUUGCAGAAGCAUUUCGAAAAGCCUCGUUUCAUGUCAUAACUUGCUCAACUUCCCCUAUUGCUUGUAGAAAUCCUCAUACUCCAAGGUUCUAUGCCUUAUGUAGUAUAACCAUUUUUAUGUAAUAUAUUGUUUGAUAAAUACAUGCAGCGAAUAUUUCAUAGGGAAUGAACAUCGUGCAUGAAUCUCACUCAUCUAAUGUAUUUGUUUAUUGGUAAAAACAUUUACCAGCAAUGGGUGCAUCUUCACCCUGAGUCCAAGGAUUUUGUAUGUCUCGAGGACUGUAUUCAAGAUAUUUCAACAUAAAAGAAUGAGCGCAAAGAGAUUUUGUUUUGGAUGUUGAUCAAUAUAUUCAGACCAUACUAUUUUCCAUUGCUUACCCACUGUUAUGACAACAAAUAGUACAAACAAGCAUACCCACAUUGCACUUGGUUUUACAAAAUGUCAAACAUUAUUUUUAAUACAAUGCCUGCUAAACCAGGUGCCUUACAAAAAAAUAAAAUAAUCCAAACUUGAUCUACACCCUUCAAAGUCUUGGAAGUUUUGUAUGGAUACAAGAUUUACUAUCUUUCUGCCCACGAUGCUAAGAAUUCUGACAUUUACUCUGGUGUUUUAACAGUGUAGAGUGGUGAUCUCAUGUACUUAUGAAAAUUGUUGCUGCUUUGCCUCAGACAGUUUUCUUAUAAGUUGAAUGUAGUCUUCCUUCGAAGGAUUCAAUUCAAUAUAAGGAUGUGUUCAUACUCAAAAAUAUCCUAGUGUAACACUGGGUGAGAGAGACUAUCCAAAGAGUGCUCAUGAGUCAGAGGAACUUUGUCGUCCUUAUUUCUGUGAAUCUUUUAUUAUUUCUUUGGUAUUUAUGUUUUAAAUCUGUUGUUGCACAUGUUUGAAUUUGUAGAUUUUCUUUUUUUUGGUGCUUUUUGUACUUUCCGACUUGCCAUACCAUUUAUUAUAUUUACUUUUAACCUAAAGAAAUGACUAGCUACAGAAAUUAUUUUAGAUAUUCAUUAUACUGCAGCGAGCUAUACGUUCUUGCUGAAAUACAUUUAGCAGACCCAGAGCGUCCACCAAUUAUUAAUUUUUUUAUAUAGAACCGGUAGAUCUGCUUUGCAAAGACGAUGUCCAACCUUUUCUAACCUAUUGUGUCCCCUCACAAAUUAUCAAGAUAAUUGUGCCUCUUUGUUCAUCAUUUUCUACUGUUCCAAAAACGGCUGGGUUGCACUUUACCUGGAGCAGUGGCGCAUACAAGCAGGUGGCCUUUAGCAGCCGUUCUUCAAUGAACAAAUACGGUUUGAAAUAACUCAAUGACACGCUGAGGUUUGCAUUGUUCAACUUUAGAUCUAUGUUAACCAUGGAGCUCCAGGAAACAAACCUCUGCAUAAAUAUUUUUCACUAGAGACUGAGGUAGGCAAGGUUUUAACCAUGGCAACCCCUGUAUAACACUUAAAGCGAUGAUCAUCUUGAAGUGGUGGGCCUCUGCACAUAAUCAGUUUCCUUGAUUUCCCCAAUUUUCUCCAAAGUGGUGCCACCGCACAGUUCCCUUUUAUAUCACCUAAGCUUGAAGGGAGCACUAAUUGGAGAGUGAGUUUUAAACAAACAAUGCAAACAGCUGAUAGGAGUCACCACUCACCAGCCAUGGUGCUGAAUCUCAGACGUACUUGAGCUCACUCAAGAGCUGCCACUCGGCUCCUGUUGCCAUGUUUGCGCGUUGCAACUCUUUUUACCAGUUCCCAGAGAACUUCUUUGGACAGUGACUGAUUUGCUUUAAGACCUGCACUAGCCACUGAGGUAUCAGUGCCAAUAAGGCCUUGUCCUCAGUAAUGGUCACCGACGACCAUGUUUGAAUUUGAUUGGCCGGUGGUGGUGCUUUUAAUAGGAUUAUUUUUACUUCAGGAAAGGCAUAGAGAUCGGUUAGAGUCGCUAGGGCUGCUGGGCAGAGAUCUCUCAUCCCUGCACUGAGGUGUUGAGGUAUGUACUCCUGCAUGUGACGCAUGCAGACCAAUUCAAUGAUUACCAAUGCCGUUGAGAAAAUGGGUAUAACCCUCUUUCCAAACACCAUAAGCACAUCAUAUUCACACUGCAAUGAUAUACAUUUCCUUCCAAACUUGCCAAAUGCAUGGAGUGAGAGGGAAAUGUACCUAACAUUUAUUUGUGGUUUUUGUAAGGUUAACUCCAAAUUAUUUUUGAAAAUCCUUACAACUCUUGAUGAGUUCUGUUAAAAACCCAUUCUAAAAACGACACAAUUCCUGCCCUUGAUGUAAUGCUUCUGAUGUUGUAUGGUAUUUAAAUUGAUCAUUUAGCAUGUAGUAGUUAGUGUGUGUGUACUCCCCAAGUGUAGAAUAUUUGUCACAGUAGGAAGGCUGUAUGUCAUUACUAAGUUCUCUGUAAUAGAUCUCUUGGUGAUAUUCAUAAGAAAAUCUGCAGAAGUAUAUCUUGCUGAAACUAACAGUAACUUGAUCCUGUUAGCAAUGUAUAUUUGUAGUUCAAAUGCUUGUUCAAAUACAUUAUAUUAACAGUU